AACACAGCUGACUUUUCCUACAUUUUUGGUUAAGAAAUAGAUGUGUUGUUAGGUUGAUUUGAUUAUCGCAGUUUAAGAUGCCGCAGGAUUCAAAUAAAGUUGUGGACUUCGAUGUCGUUAAGUACUUCCUAAAAUUGCUGGAAGAGGAUAAGGAUCUGUCAUCUGGUAUAGCAGCUAUUAAAACGUUGCUAAUGAUACUUGAGAAAAAACAAUUUGGCACUAUACAUAUUCUACACACUACCAUGCGAGAGGCUGUGGCAGCCAUGCGUAAUACAGAUUUGUCCAUUGCGGCUGUAGUGUCUGGCGGUGAGCUGUUCUGCCGUUUCAUUACAUUAAGUUUGGACGAUAAACAUAUGGAGGAAUGUCGGCAAAUUAUGUUACAUCGUGGAAAAAUAUUCUUAGCAAAAUUGUUAAAUUCGCGUAAUGUUAUUGCACAACAAGCGCAACAGUUCAUUACGGAUGGUUGUCGUGUGCUGACGCACUCGCGUUCACGUGUUGUGCUUAAAACACUGAUCAGUGCUGCAAAAGCCAACAAGGAAUUCCAUGUUUAUGUGACACAAGGUGGACCUGAUAAUCCAGGUGAGCAAAUGGUCGCUGAUUUAGAAAACGCAGGUAUUGAUUCAACACUCAUUUUGGACUCAGCAAUUGGUUACGUUAUGGAAUCUGUUGAUUUUGUAAUGGUAGGCGCUGAAGCGGUUGUUGAGAGUGGUGGUAUUAUAAAUCGUAUAGGCUCGUUUACUAUGGGUCUGUGUGCGCGCGAAAUGAAAAGACCUUUCUAUGUACUCGCGGAAAGUUUCAAGUUUACACGUUUAUAUCCUCUUAAUCAAAGAGAUUUACCUAACGAAUAUAAGUAUUCACGUAAGGACUUAAGCGAUGUUUCGAAAAUUCAUCCACAGGUGGACUAUACACCACCCGCGUAUAUAACAUUACUGUUUACUGAUUUAGGCAUACUAACACCUUCUGCUGUGAGCGAUGAAUUGAUAAAACUGUAUAUGUAGAGACAAUGAUUCCCUUCUUAUAUGAAAUUUGACCAUAAAAUUUAUAAAAGUGAAAGUAAAUUUUUGUUGAUUUUCAAUUUAAUUAAUUA